AUGAUGACGAAUUCUCCUUUACCCGUAUCAUCAAUAGGAACACUCCUCUCAUUAGCAGUAAUAGCUCUGGCUUCCUCGUCAGAGGUUAUCGCUCACACCAACCUCUCGUCGACGAUCAACCUUCGUGCUGCAAUUUUGACCAAGACCGUUCCACUGGCCUUUGUGAGCAAUGAAUCCGCCACCCGUGGCGAUGACGACCUUUCAUUUCCAAUGUUUCAAGGUUUUCAGCCAGACUUGCUCAGGGCAAUCCAGGGUGUUGCCAGGGACAUUCACAACGUGACUCUUUCGUUCGACAUUACAGAGGCUCCGCCGUUUGCCUAUGAUGCCUCCUUUGAUCUUGUGACGGAAGACUGCAACACGACAGUGAACCCUCAGCCCCUGGAAGACUGUAACAAGUACGACUUUCUGGUCGGUGACUUUUAUGCCUUUUACCCGCGGUCUAUGCGGACCACCUUUACCCCAUCCUUUCUGACAACCGCCGCCGCUGCCGUCAAGUAUAUACAUCGAACCAAGCGAGAUAUCACCACAUUGGAGGAGGCGCAAGCUCGGCAAGAACCUAUAUGCCUCCUGAGUGAUUCGUUCUAUGAUGUCCAGACCCUGAAACGAUACCCAGAUAUGCGAUACCGCAGCUGCCCGCACCAUGCGCAGUGCCUCGAGUGGCUCAAAGCAGAAGAGUGUGUCUUGUUUGUAGAGGAUGAACUCCAGCUCAGGCAUUUGACUGUCAAGGAUCCGGAGCUGGAGGUCACAAGAGAAAAGUUUAAUGAAAACUUUGUCCUGUGGCCAAUGAAUGCUCGGUUGGAUCCACACCUACAACGGUUCCUCGUGACCCUCAUCUAUCAGGCCAAAGAGUUGGGUAUCCUGGAUUCUCUCUACGACAAGUACUUCUCAGUCAACUUUUGCCCUAUUGGAAAGAGUGGCCCCAACUGUGACCAGCCCUGCAAUCCAUCGCAUGGGAUCAGCAACCGCUUUGGAGAGUGUGUCUGUGACUCCACCAAGUGGACCGGGGAUGACUGUUCUGUCCAAGCAGAAGAAGACCUGCACAUGCUCCCCACUUCGCUCAAGGCCAUUGCCUACUGCUUGGUGGGUAUCAACUUUCUUAUGGCUUUCUGCUGCGCUGUCUGGCUAGCGUUCCAGAGGAAACGUGCCCAGGUCAAGAUUGCACAGCCCCAUCUCUUGUUUCUUGUCCUCCUUGGAUGUGUCAUCUCAACGUCCACAAUCAUUGCCCUGGCACAAGAAGAUGAGGGAGAUGGACCUGUGCCAGCCUGCUCGGUCUUUCCGUGGCUUUACUCUGUGGGAUUCUCCAUUACGUUUGGCGCAUUGUUCGGCAAGAUUCGCCGAAUCUAUAUUCUCACCAAGGCAGCUGCAGAGAUGAAGAGAGUUGUCGUGUCGAUCAAGGAAACCGCACUCAUUGUGGCUGCUAUUCUGGCCGUUGAUGUGGCUAUCUUGACCGUUUGGAGUGCAGUGGAUCCUCUGAGGUGGACCAGAACUGUCAUCAGCGAAGACAAGUAUGGGUAUGCAUUGGAGAGUGCGGGGCAAUGCGAGAGCGAUCACUGGGUCGUCUUUGCUGCUGUUAUUGGCUCCUUUCACUUUCUGCUGCUCUGUACGGCAUGUUACAUGUGCUACUUGGCCAGACACAUUCCCAAUCGAUUUACAAAUGGCAAAAUGCUGGCGAUCGCAAUGGUUUCGAAUAUGCAAAUUUUCAUUGUGGUUAUCCCCAUCUUGGUCAUCCUUGGGUCGGACCCGAAGACCAGCUUCUUUGUGCGCGCAGUUUCAAUCUGGAUCAAUGACUUCAUCAUUGUGGCGCUUCUCUUUGGAAAUCUUAUUUACAAAGUUUAUUUGUGGGACGAAGAGGUCAAACUUCGAGAUAAACUUCGUUGUUCCAGAUUGGACAGUAACCAAACCAUCCAAGCGGAAUUGCGCAAUCUUGCUCAACAAAUGAGAGGUCCAUCUUCAAGGGGUCUGACGCGGGGUAUGGGAACACAUGAUUUCAAGCGCACCACUUCACAGUGUUCCCUGGAGUCACUCAGGCGCGGUGCUUCACAAUCUUCCCUGGAGUCACUCAAGCGCGGUGCAUCUAUUCCUACAUUUGCGGGCACACUCAGUACCAUGGGUACGUCUGUUGGAUCUAACUUGACCGCUUCCAUGGAUUUCGAUGUUUCCUCGAAUCAUACACGAAAAAUGUUCACGUCCACCGGCAAUCUAGCUCUAGAAAUGGUGAGCGAAGAUGACGACGAGUGUUUGUCAUCGGAUGAUGAUAGUUCUUCCGCUCCAACAAUGCACGAUGAAUCUGGGGUAAGCGAUGGAGAUGCAGUGCCCAUGGAGAGAAUCCAAACAGAGGAUUUCAUCCUGGGGCUCCGUUCCUCGGCGUCGCCCACCGAAGCCAGCAGUGACCCGUCGAAGGAGUCGCCUCCAUGCGACGACAAUCAAGAUCUACGGGAAGAUUCUACAAUUUCAUCGUCAUUCCCAGACUUGCUGGAUGAUGAUGACGAUUCUGAUUCUGAUUCGUCUCAUCAUGGCGACGAGGAAAACGCCCAGUCUUCCCAACAAGAAGAGAUUCCCACUUCGGUCCAAUGCGACGAGGAAGCUACUGCACAACACGAAGAAAUUCCCACGUCUGUCCAAUGCGACAAUGAAACUACGCCGUUUUCCCAUCUUCCAAGGCGAGGUGCAUCUAGCCUCGUCUCUUCCAGAACGACUUCCGUAAGGAGAGCGGCCAUCGUCAGCAACAGUCUAGUUCCCGAGGCACCACCAUCAUCAUGUUCCUCCCCUUCGCGGACUGCAAGGCAACAGCUUUUUUGA